CUAAAACUUAUUAUGAAAAUUAAUGAAGAAGGAAAAUCUGAAUCAUUGUCGACAGGGGAAGGGUUAUCACUGUCAGAAGAUGCAAGGAGAACUUCCGACACCUCAUGGAAUCGAGGAAAGAAAUCUAGUAAGCAGCCUGCUGCAAGAAGUCGCUUCCGUAAAGGUGGUAUUGUUGCCACGGCUACAAUACAUUCUUAUGUGGAAGCUGAGAGUGAUGACAUGGACGGCAGUUCUUUGGAUAAAAAGAAGAAAAAGAAGAAACGCAAAUUGAUGGGAAUCAAUCGUAGAGUUCGAAAAGUCAUAGCAACUGUUGUUGCCACGUCGCAGAAGCCUGAGAAUGAACAGAGUAGCCUGAACACCAAGCGAUAAAUCACUCAUGCCUUAUGUUGUUGAAUAAAAAAUUUACACUUGCUUUUUA